AUGGGUAUUUUGAGUUCGGGCCCCACUCCUUCACCUGGAGGUUUUCAGCCAAGCCCCUCCCCCCAGCCCUCCCACAGUCCAGCCACAGAAAGAACCCCCCAGAACUAUGGGGUACCCUCCCCUGGUCCCCUCAACACACCAGGUAAUCCCAAUUCGGUCCCAAUAAUGAGUCCGGCAGGGGCCACAUCUCUGGAGGACCAGCAGUACAUGGAGAAACUCAAACAGCUGUCCAAGUACAUCGAACCCCUGCGCAGGAUGAUCAAUAAAAUUGACAAAAACGAAGACAGGAAGAAGGAUCUGAGCAAGAUGAAGAGUUUGCUGAACAUCCUCACUGACCCCAACACGAGGUGUCCACUGAAGACAUUACAGAAGUGUGAGAUAGCCCUGGAGAAACUAAAGAACGACAUGGCAGUGCCGACCCCGCCCCCUCCGCCCGUGGCCACCAAGCAGCAGUACCUGUGCCAGCCCCUGCUGGACGCCGUCAUGACCAACAUCCGCUCGCCCGUCUUCAACCACUCCCUCUACCGCACCUUCUCCCCCGCCAUGGCCGCCAUCUACGGCCCUCCCAUCACGGGCCCCAGCAUCACAGGCCGUAAGAGGAAGCCGGAUGAGGACGAGCGGCAGACCAUUCCCAACAUCCUGCAGGGCGAGGUGGCACGCCUGGACAUGAAGUUCCUGAUCAGCCUGGACCCGUCCUUCUGCAGCAACAACGGCGCAGUGCACCUCGUCUGCAAACUGGAUGACAAGAAUCUGCCCAGUGUCCCCCCGCUGCAGCUGAGUGUCCCAGCGGACUACCCGGACCAAAGCCCCCACUGGGCGGACGAAGGAGAACAGUACGGUGCAAACUCGUUCCUGCAGACAGUCCACAAGAACAUGACCUCCAAGCUGCUGCAGCUCCCAGACAAGCACUCUGUGACGGAGUUGCUGAACACCUGGGCCCAGAGCAUCAGACAGGCCUGCUUGUCUGCAGCCUAGCGCACAAAGACACACUCACACACACAAACACACACACAUAUAAACACACACAAACAAACAAGACACACUUGCCGAAAACCUGCAGGCGCAAGUGGCUUCGCAUCGAAACCGGAUGCAUGGAAGAAACAAACUUUUAAAGGGAAAAUUGAAAUAAAACAUUUACAUCAUAUACCGUAUAUCUAUAUUCAGCGAUGCAUACAUACAUAUCGAAUGUGCAUUACAAAGUGGGUAUCAUUUUCUGCUUUUUCUUUUGGUUCGUUUUUCUGCCUUUACAUUUUGAUUUGAAAUGUAGGUCCUAAUUUCUAUUUUCUACCACAAGAGGGUUGUGAUAUACUGUAAACUGAAAAGGUCGUUUUGGAGGCUGUUUUAUCAAGUAAAAGAAAUGUGUAUGUUUUGUAAACUUUUGCCAUUGGAAGAUCUGGAAUGUGUAUACUUUUUGCUUACUGAAUAAAGUCUUCAAAUCUGUUGACUGUUAU